AUGGUGGCUUUGACAUUCUUGUCACUGGAGCUGAUAACUCAGGCAGCUUCGAGCUCAGUGGUGGUCUUCUUCUUCUGCAAUGUGAUCAUCGUCACCAUCCUCGUCGCCUCGAGGCCUCCUCCGCCGGCGGCGAGCGGAAUUCGCCACGUUUCGGUGUCGGGGAGCCCGUACGUGGCCAUUUAUCAGCAGGAGGAGACUGUUAUAGGUGGAUACACACAUACUCUGCAUUCCAAUGACGAAAACAGAGCAUCGGAAUCGAAGUUGAAAUCGGCAAUGAAUACCCACCAAGAAGAAGAAGAAGUGGAGGAAAAGGAAGUGGCAGAAGAAGAAGAAGGGGAUUGCAAUGGUGGCGAUGAUGAUGUGUAUGUGGAGGAAGAGGAUGACGAACUGAGGAGGAGAGUUGAAGCAUUCAUAGAGAAGACUAACAAAGAAUGGAGGGCAGAGUUGCUUAGGACGUCACAAUCGCGGCUGAUUGCUGCUCGCUGA